CUAGUUCUUGUGACGUUGCUCCCGCCACUUUUGCAAGCAGACGGCGUGAUUUUGCGCGAGUCUCGGAAAUACGACAAGCAGCAUUGGAGAAACUUUACGUCGUUUACUUUAAUUGUUCUUGAAGCUAUGUCAUGAGACGAUAAUAUAUGGCUGUCUAUCUGCGAUAAGGAAUACAUGGCACACGAUUGUGGGCAUGAGAAGCAGUUGCUAUAGUUGAAGCGGGGCAUUCUGUUGACAUGUCGUGCAUUCAGAAAUUGGCACCACAAACUGCUCGUCUGCUUCAAAGCACUCAGAGCAUCGCAUCCGUUCACAGCGUUGUAAAAGAACUCGUCGAGAACUCACUGGACGCGGGUGCCUCGGUUAUUUACGUCAAACUCGAAGACUUUGGAUAUGAAAAAAUCGAAGUCCGUGACAACGGCCACGGAAUCAGUGAAUCCGACUUAUCGCAGGUCGUCUUGCCCCACCACACAUCCAAGAUAACCAACUUUGAGGACAUGCGGUCGCUCGAGACGUACGGAUUUCGUGGCCAGGGACUCGCAGGAAUAGCAGCCGUUUCCAGGGUCACCAUUAUAAGCGGUCAGAAGGAAAAGAUUGGUCACUCAUUUACGUUUGACCAACAAGGAAAAGUGGUUGCACAGAAGGAACUACCAUGGGAAGGAACGCAAGUAACUGUUGAUAAGCUCUUCAAAAACGUCCCAGUGCGCAGAAAACAUCUGAGCACAUCGAAGAACAAAUCUUUGGAUCUCAAGAAAGUUGAGAGACUACUUUCUGCACUUGGCAUUGCUUGGCCAGGUGUACGGCUACUUCUGUACCACAACAAAAGCCUCCUAUGGAGCCGAUACCCAAGCCAAACUUUUCAAGAGGCUGUCGGCCAAAUUUUCGGAAUGUCAAUGCUCGACAAAAUGGAAUAUGUUGAAGUGGAAGACUGCGAACGCGAGGUUACAAUUAAGGCCUGCCUGCCUAAAGCAGAGCAUGGGGCUCGAGAACUGUCAUCUUCCGAUACAGACCGCAUGUUUCUUCUAGUCAACCGACGUCACAUUCUUUCAAAGGAACUCAAUGAGAUUAUACAGAAGAAAUUUGCAGAGGCCGUGAAUACGCAGAGCAAACGAUAUCCAGCUUGUGCGGUUGCCAUUAAUGUGCCAUCACAGGAUCUCGACGUUAACUUUGAGCCAGACAAAACUACUGUUCUUUUUACAAAGCAGGAGGCAGUUCACAACCUGCUGGAAACCCUGCUGGAAAAAGUGUAUGGAAACCAUAUUACCAGCAAAGAAACAAAUAAAGAAAACCAAGGCACAGUCAUUUCACAAACAUUAACCAACAACAAGGAGGGCUGCAAGCAAACAGAUGCCAGGGGCAAAGAAACUUCCAGCUUCAUGCCAGAUCCCCCUGUUCAGCAGCCAGGUGUCCGCGUAGAUUCCGCAUCAACCAGCUCGGAGCGCCAGCCUGGGGCGCCGGCUGACCCGACCUGCCGAUCGACAGUGUCACCUCCAUCAGUUGAUCCAGUUAACUCAACGCUGGCUCAGAAUAAAACCGCACAACAAAACCCAUCUCCUCUCACUCCAUCCGGGUUCUUCGGCUGGUUCAGUAGUCCAGCUGCCCAAGGGCGUGAUGCGGCAAGACAGAGAAGCGGCCUUCCUCAGGGAGUCCGGACAAGUUCGCCGUCUGACAGAAUGAGCUCAAGAAAGCAAUUACAGUUUGGUACCGGCAAAACCGGGGCGUCGUGGUCACUGGGAUUAGUGGAGAACAGUCAAGGAAGAGUUGUAGAGCCCACCGUGAGAAUAGCGAGCGGGCCCAAGCGAACAAGCUCGAGUCCCGCAGGAAACGUCACCCCGAAGAAGCUGCGGAUGCCGGACUUGUCUCAGAGACGAAUUUUCGAUCUUGUUCCCAAGGAGAAAUCGCCGAUGGAAGUUUACUGCAACCGUCGUAAAGACGAAGUUUUGUCACAGAAUCCCAGCAUGAGCAUCCAAGACUUGUCUGCACUUUUACAAGAUGAAUGGGAUGGCCUAACCCCAGCAGAGAAACAGCAGUACGAAGAAGACAUACGGCCUAGGAUUUCUGACAGGGCGUCCACGGCGAAUAAUGCCUCCAUCGAUAGUAGAGCUGGCACGAAAACUGCACGAAGAAAGUCUGCAUUGCGAAAGGGUGUCUCUGCAACGUUUUCGCUAAGCAGCAUUGCAGCGCACUACAAAGAUUAUUCUGCACUUAGUCAGACACAGGCUGAACUGGACGCUGGAAUUUCCGUCAUUGGCUACUCACAAGAAGUAGAAGGGUGGUUCGUGCGGUGUGCAGCUUCUGUUUAUGCUAUUAAUGGGUUCAGAUUAAAGGAAGCAACUUUGUUCAAGAAGCUGGCAGAAUCAUAUGCUCUACCCAUGGAACCUGUCUAUCCACCCAUAGAACUCGACAAGAAUUCAGUAGGCGUUAGCUUAUGGACUAUGCUCACAACCCUACAACAAGGAACAAAAGAUUUCACUGGGGCUUCAUACAUCACAGACAGCCUUCUCCUGUCAAACGGCUUCGAGCUUAAAUUACCUUCGGGAGCAAAUGGAGACACAGCAGAAGUCAUCCAGAAAGCCAGCAAUGUUGGGAUAGAUGAACUGAAGGAAAUACUUAGGAAGAUCUCAAAUCAUCCUUCAGGCUGCUCGCUGUGGGAUAGCCGCCCAGCUAAAAUUCGCUUUUAUCUCCAGGGUGAAGCUGCUCGCAUGGUGCAAAGCGGUCCUUCCAAACUGAGCCUGACGGAUCUUUGGGAACUCAUAAGGCAAAGUGAAGACUGUGUUAGUGAACAGUGUAUGCAUUCCAAGCCAGUGUGUGUGAACCUAUUUGACCUGAAUUCACUACAAUAAUUACAUCGAUUUUGUAGCAUACACAGCCUAACAUUUUUUUUUUUUUAAUAAAUGCAUUACAUUAAUAUCCACAAUGCUGGUCGAUGACGUCUGCGAUUAUGAAAACAUACCAGAAUACCAAGUUCUA